AUGUCUCAGAAAGUUCAACUUUUCCUGUUCGGUGACCAGACCUACGACUUUGCUUCAGACUUCAAGAAGCUGUUGCGAGAAGAGAACAAUCCCAUCUUAACAGCUUUUCUGAAUCAGUCAUGUUUCGCUAUUCGCGCAGAGCUCAACCAUUCGCUCCCUUUAAAGGAGCGUAAAGCAUCAUUUGCUCCGACCAUUGCAGAUCUCCUCCACAAAUACCGCCAAGGUUCUCUGAGUCCAGCAUUUCAGACGGCUUUAUCAUGCUGUUAUCAAUUGGCGAGCUUCAUAUCUCACUUCGGAGAAAUUGGGAGAUCGUAUCCACAACCUCACGACACUUACAUAAUCGGCCUAUGUACAGGUGCUCUGGCUGCCGCUGCAAUAGGAUCCUGUAGUACACUAUCGGAGCUCCUCCCUGCCGCUGUUCAAACAGUGCAAGUUGCUUUUCGUCUUGGUCUUUGCGUUGUGGAUGUUUGCUCCCGUAUUGAGAGCCCUACUGGCGAUGCUGCUCAAUCUUGGUCUGCUGUCUUUCCCGGCCUUGGAACCUCAGAAGCUGCAUCAUUGAUCAAGGAUUUCAGUGAGUCAAAAAAUAUCCCGAAAACUUCGCAACCAUGGAUUGGUGCCACGGCCGGAAAAUCCACAACAAUUAGCGCACCUCCAUCCAUUCUCCACCUUCUUUUGAGCUCUCCCUCAUUUUCAACUCGUAAAUCGAAGUCCAUUCCUAUCUACGUCCCGUCACACAACUCAAAUUUAUUUUCACUGAAGGAUGUCGAGAAGAUUCUAGAUACAACCUCCGCGACGAACUGGGAAGGUUUCACCGCAAAAGUUCCCGUGAUAUCCAGUGCCAAUGGCCAGCAGGCUUGGGUAGGAAACUUCAGAGGAUUACUGGAGAAAGCCCUGUUUGAUUGCUUACUGGAGCCUUUGAGAUGGGAUGCAGUGCUUUCCGAAUCCCCUACGCUACUGGCCAAGGGAGUCACGGAGGUAUCAAUUAUACCAUUCGCAACUACUGCAGCAACAAGCCUCGCCUCAGCAUUCAAAUCCUCAUUGCCAGUUACAAUUAAUGAACCGAAUGCGACAAAAGUUCCCGUUGAAGCUCUACCCGGCGGUAAAGAGAAACUCGCCAUCAUUGGUAUGUCGGGCAGGUUCCCAGAAGCACAAUCUCCCGAAGCAUUCUGGGAUAUUCUCUACAAAGGUCUUGAUGUGUGCAAGAAGGUGCCAUUGAAACGGUGGAAUGUCGACACCCAUGUUGAUCCAAGCGGCAAAGCACACAACAAAGGUGCAACACCAUGGGGAUGUUGGCUUGACUUUGCUGGAGAAUUCGACCCUCGAUUUUUCAGUAUCAGCCCGAAAGAAGCUCCACAAAUGGACCCGGCACAGCGGAUGGCCUUGAUGGCCACUUUCGAAGCGAUGGAAUCCGCUGGUAUGGUGCCAGGAACGACACCUUCAACGCAGCUUGAUAGAGUUGGUGUCUUCCACGGUGUUACUAGCAACGACUGGAUGGAAACGAAUACUGCACAAGACAUCGACACUUAUUUUAUUACCGGUGGUAAUCGUGGGUUUAUCCCUGGCCGAAUCAACUUCUGCUUCGAGUUUUGUGGACCAAGUUUUACCAACGACACAGCUUGCUCGUCAAGUCUUGCUGCCAUUCAUUUAGCUUGCAACUCGCUUUGGAGAGGUGAUUGUGAUACUGCAGUCGCAGGAGGCACAAAUAUGAUUUUUACUCCCGAUGGUCACGCUGGUCUUGACAAGGGUUUCUUUUUAUCCCGAACAGGCAACUGUAAGGCUUUCGAUGAUACCGCCGACGGCUACUGUCGAGCUGAAGGCGUGGGGACUGUCUUUAUCAAAAGGCUGUCGGACGCUUUGGCCGACAAAGAUCCGAUUCUUGGUGUUAUUCUCGAUAUUAAGACUAAUCAUUCUGCGUUGUCGGAGUCGAUGACGAGACCCCACGUUGGUGCUCAAAUCGACAAUAUGAAUCACGUUCUGAAUACCGCUUCUGUCGAUCCGAAAUCUCUGAGCUAUAUUGAAAUGCACGGGACCGGCACUCAAGUUGGAGAUGCGGUCGAAAUGGAAUCUGUCUUGAGUGUCUUUGCACCAAACGAAGCCUUUCGUGGUAUGGACUACCCACUAUGGGUUGGCUCGGCGAAAGCGAAUAUCGGGCAUGGCGAAGGUGUUUCCGGUGUUACCAGUCUCGCAAAAGUCCUGUUGAUGAUGAAACACGACAUAAUCCCACCUCACUGUGGUAUCAAACCUGGAAACAAGAUCAAUCGCACGUUUCCUGAUCUUGGUGCUCGGAAUGUUCAUAUCGCUAUGAAGCCCACACCUUGGAAACGGGGUGAGCAACCAAGAAGGGUUCUAAUCAGCAAUUUCAGUGCUGCUGGGGGCAAUACUACGCUGGUGAUGGAGGAUGGGCCUAUUCCUGAAGUCAUUACGCAAACGGAUUGUCGCUCAAGUCAUAUUGUCACAGUUUCUGGGCACGUUGCAAAUUCUUUAAAGAAAAACCUCCAGUCGCUUCUCGAAUACGUCACUGCAGAAGAAAAGAAUGGUCUCUCACUCCCACAACUUUCCUGGACGUCCACAGCUCGCCGACUACAUAAGAUUCAUCGUGUCAGUAUCACUUGCUCAUCUCUGACGGAAUGUAAAGCCGGGCUUCAAGCCGCCAUUAUGGAAGGUCACGGUACUACGAGGUCAAAGACCAAGCCAGGUUUACUCUUUGCUUUUACUGGCCAGGGUUCACAGUAUAUGGGCAUGGGCGGCACAUUGUAUGAGUCGUUCCCUCGCUUCCGAGCGUCCCUUCACCGAUUCGAUCAACUUUCCCAAAGCCUUGGUUUUGAUUCAUUCAUUCAUGUUUUCCAGUCUAAGGCGGGAGAUAUCGACCAGUUUCCCCCAGUUGUUGUACAGCUCGCGAUAUGUUCCUUGGAAAUGGCGUUGGGCGAACUUCUCAAAAGUUUUGGUUUGGAGCCAACCCUUGUUGUCGGUCAUAGCCUCGGAGAAUAUGCUGCACUCAACCGAGCCGGCGUACUAUCGGUCUCUGACACUCUUUUCCUUGUGGGCAAGCGAGCAGAGCUGUUACAAAGCCGCUGCAAUAGAGGUACCCAUGCUAUGUUGGCUGUCAAAGCUCCAUCAUCAUCUUUUUCGGGCAUCCUUGGCGACAAAAGGUACGACAUCGCAUGUAUCAAUGGGCCAGAGGAUACUGUACUGAGUGGUUUGAAUGAUCAAAUCGAGUUGAUCCGAGCCGCUCUCUCGUCAAAGGGAAUCAAAUCUACGUUGCUCAAAGUCCCAUUUGCAUUCCACUCCGCUCAAGUCGACCCGAUCCUUGAAUCUUUCAUCGAAAUCGCUUCCUCCAUAACAUUUCACAAACCAAGGAUUCCAAUCUUGUGUCCAUUGACCGGAGAAGUCAUCGAUAAAGCUGACAUAAUCACCCCUUCCUACCUCGCCAAACACUGCCGAGAAACUGUUAACAUUGCUGCAGCUCUAAGAUAUGCCCUUGCUUCGAAACUUAUCAAUCAGGGUACCAUAACUAUCGAGGUUGGACCUCAGCCAACGGUUUGCGGAAUGGUCACCAAGAGUCUUGGAUCUUUCAUGAAGACUUUACCAAUACUUCACCGCACACAAAACCUUUGGAAUAAUUUAACAUCCGCGCUAGGCACAGUCUAUUCUAAAGGCCAUGAUAUCGACUGGGUGGAGUACCACAGCGCGUUUCCAGCAUCGCAUAAAGUGCUCGAUCUGCCAGCUUAUGGAUGGGAUUUGAAAGAGUACUAUAUUCCUUACGAGGGUGAUUGGUGUUUGCAUAGACAUAAAAUUGAGUGUCACUGCGGGGAUCUGAAUGGGGUUACCAAUCAUACAGGGAAGGCUGUCGGUCUUUUGACGGAUUGCAAGCAAAAUGCCGGACUAGAGAAUAUGGUUGAGGCUCCCAAGGCUAAAAUUGAGGUGGAGUACCCAGAAACCACUAAUGUACACAAGCUCAUCGAGGAGAUCAUGGAGCCUCUUGGUGGGACCUUGGUCUUUGAGACGGAUAUGAGCAGGGCCGACACGCAGAGUGUUGCCGCCGGCCAUGCGGUCAACAAUAUUGCACUCUGCACACCAUCAGUGUACGCAGACAUUGCUUUUGUCCUUGGUAAAUACCUUAUGAACCGCCUGAGACCUGGCUAUCCAGGUAUUAUCGACGUUGCAGACCUAGUAGCAGAAAAGGCACUCGUUCCACACGGGAAAGGUCCUCAAUUCCUCCGUACUAAAUUCAGCGUCGCUUGGGCCCCCAAAUCCGCUGGCGCUACAAAGAGUGCGGAGUGCGAAUUCUGGUCAGCUAAUGCGAGUGGUAAACUUACCAUCAAACAUGCUUGGUGUACAAUCCGCUUUGAAGAUACGACUCAGCUUGAUUCUCUGAAGGCUCGUCUUCCUGAAUUUAAGUCCAAGAUCAGCCGUCUCCGAGACGGUUCGCGGAAAGGAGAAUUUGUGAAGUACAAUCGUACAGCAGGUUACAAGCUCAUGUCGACUGUUGCAACUUUCCAUCCCGAUUACAAGCUACUCAACCAUCUCGUUUUAGACGAGCCCACCCUAGAAGCAUGUAGCAAACUCAAUUUUUCCACCGUCAAACCCGGUGGGACUUUCGCCGCUCAUCCUGCGUACGUGGAUUCCAUCACUCAAGUUGGUGGAUUCUGUAUGAAUGGUAAGGAUAGUACUGAUCUCGAAACUCAUGUAUUUGUCAACCAUGGGUGGCACAGUUUCCAGAUCUACGAGGAGUUGAAGAAUGAUAGGGACUAUGAGGUGUAUGUGCAGAUGAAACAUGACAAGGGUGAUCUCUACCAUGGAGAUACCAUUGUUCUGGAUGGAGAUACUAUUGUGGCUUUCUUCACAGGCGUUUCGUUGCGAUGUGUUCCCCGAAAAGCAUUGAGAAUGGUUCUCCAGCAAACUGUGGAUAAAGCUUCUAGGGAGUUGGCAAAGACUGGAGCGGUUUCGGCAAAUUCUACGACUAGUGUUAACCCUCUCAAAUCUGCUCCAAGGGCAGUCAGCAAGAUUAUCGCUAAAUCCAAGCCCCAAAUCGUAUCCGGAACAGCACUAGCACAUACUACCAGUACUAUCACAACUACUAUACCUGCUCCAGUAAAUAUGAGCGGCGUUGCAGCUCCAUCAGCACUGACAUCUCCUCCGACACCAGUUGCCAUACCACCAAAAAAACAAGAGCUCAGUCCUCAAUUUGUCAAUGCUUUAGCGAUAAUCGCUGAAGAGAGUGGUAUCGCAGUCACGGACCUGACAGAUGAGAGCAACUUUGCCGAUAUUGGAGUUGAUUCCCUACUGUCAAUGGUGAUUGGUAGUAGAUUCCGAGAAGAACUCAAUUUGGAACUUGACGCCGAUUUCUCGAUCUUUGUGGAUCUUCCGACUGUUAAAGAUCUGAAGAUAUUUUUGCAGGGUAAAGAUCAACCACUUUCGCCUGAGGAACAGCCAGACGCAGCACUUCCGAUGGUCAAACCUUUGACAGAAGCUCCUUCGGUAGCCGCGACUUACACACCCGAGCCGGCAUUUGAGCAGAAACCAGCAGAUGUCCACGUGCUGUCAACUGUUGAAGAGUUACCUCCUCGUAAAAUUGAAGGAAAGAUUACACCAGCUCCAAUAAAUGGCACCACAAAUACAGCUCUACGGAUUAUAGCUGACGAAAGUGGUAUUGCUGUCUCGGACCUCAGCGACGACAGUAACUUUGCCGAUAUUGGAGUCGACUCCCUUCUCUCUAUGGUAAUCGGCUCCCGCUUCCGCGAAGAGCUGGGCCUAGAACUUGAUGCCGAUUUCUCCAUUUUUGUUGAUCUCCCGACAGUUGCACACCUCAAAAGUUUCCUCUCCGGCAACAGCUCCGAUAGCGAUUUAUCCGAGUUUGAAUCGAGUGGAGUCAUCUCUCUAGACGAAAGCUCCGAAUCCGAGCCAGAAGACCUUCUCGUUAAAGAAACCCAACCAACACGAUCCGACUAUUGUAAACCCACUAGCUCGGUGAUUCUCCAAGGCAUGCCCAAGACAGCCACAAAGACUCUCUUUCUCUUGCCAGACGGCAGUGGCUCCGCAUCAAGCUACGUCUCAGUCCCAAAACUAAAAGGCAACUACGCAAUCGUCGGUCUCAACUGCCCAUACGCUCGCGACCCAGAGAACAUGAACUGCACCCACACAGCUCUCAUCAGCAGCUUCGUCAACGAGAUCCGGCGGCGUCAGCAGAACGGGCCUUAUUAUCUCGGCGGCUGGUCCAGUGGGGGAGCUUUCGCAUUCGUCUGUGCUGAAAUGCUCGUUGCUCAAGGCGAAGAAGUUCACGGUCUGGUCAUAAUCGACGCGCCUGUGCCAACAAUCAUGGAACAACUCCCGACCUCAUUCUACGAGUAUACUGCUACCCUUGGACUUUUUGGCCAGACUGCUCCGCCCCCUUAUCUUAUCCCGCAUUUCAGAGCCUCCGUCGAUGUCAUGAUGACUUACAAGCCGCAGGUCUUGAUAACUGAGAGAAUGCCAAAGGUGGGCAUCCUGUGGGCCACAGAAACUUUGAUAGAUGAGAAAGACGUGAGAGGGAUGAAAAGUAUGCAUUUCAUGGUUCAUAAAAGAACCGACUUUGGACCGGAUGGAUGGGAGAGGGUAUUGCCUGGUGCGGAGUUUUUGACGAGACGGGUAGAGGGCGCGAACCACUUUACAUUAAUGUCGAAGGCAAAUAUUAGAUCUGUUAGUGUUAUCAUUGAGGAUGUGUUGGCAUAG